UAUUGGCAAGUCCAUCGUACCCUCGUUGACUGUUCUCCAAGGUGCGAAGCGCCGCCGCCGGCGUCCACAUCCACCGUCGCCGCCGGCGUCCACAUCCACAGUCGCCGACGGCGCCCCAAAGCCAGCACUCCAGAUUCAGCUCCAUGGAGGCGGAGGAGGGGAUCUUGGAGAAGAAGACCAACUGGAGGCUGGGCAACCAUCCGGGGGCAGGGGCGACGGCGGCCAGCCUGCUCACCGACGACCUCAUUCUGGAGAUCCUGUCCCACCUCCCCGCCAGAUCCCUCCACCGCUUCAAGUGCGUCUCCAUGUCGUGGCGCGACCUCAUCGCCGACCCCGCCAACCGCAACAAGCUGCCCCAGACACUCGCCGGCUUCAUCUACACCACCAUAAGCAACAACGCGCGCCACCUCCACUUUGCUGCUGUCUCCGGCGAUGGGGCAUCCUCGUUCGACCCUUGCCUCCCUUGCAUGCGGCCUACCAAGUACAAGGACAUGGCCCUGAUGGACGCCUGCAAUGGCCUCCUCCUCUACCGCGGCUGCUGCAAGAACAAGGUGAACCCUUUGUCUUGGGCAGAGCACGAUUGCCGUUUUGUGGUGUGCAAUCCCGUCACCAGGAGGUGGGUGGAGCUGCCCCCACUGCCCAAGCCGCAGGCGCCGGCGAGCAGACAUAGCACUACCUCAGGCCUGGCUUUCGACCCGGCAGUCUCGUCCUAUUUCCAUGUUCUUUGUUUCGAGCAGGCCUAUUUCGGAACUUGCAUCACAAGAGUGAACAUCUACUCGUCGCGGACAGGAGACUGGUGUCAACGGGACAGUGGGAUGGUUGAGAAAGUUGCCCUGUUCUUCCUGAGCAAAUGUGUCUUCGUCGGCGGUAUGAUGUACGUGAUUGGCAGCCUGGACCGCAUGAAUGUCGAGUAUGCGCUGUUGGGGGUGGACAUGGAGGGAAAAGUAUGGACAACCAUCCGCGUGCCGUAUAGUCGAAGAUUGGGUACGAUUGGAUCGUCUCAAGGGUGCUUACACUAUGCUAUACCUCCUGCCGAUGAUAACAACAAAAUCCUGUUUUCCGAGAGCGCAAUCUGGUGGCUCAAGGAUCGCCAUAGUAAAGAAUUGGUCCUGAAGCAUACCACCAGCAUCGAUAAGCUUAUGAGCAUGACCGGGCAGAGGUAUAAGGUGGUUGGGAUGCAUCCAGAUUGCGAUACCAUUUUCCUGGUUUCAUAUGAACAUGAUACCUUGGUAUCAUACGACAUGCGGCAUAAGAAAGUUGGCCGUAUCCUUAAUCUUGAGAAAGACCACGCACAAUGGUUUCUACCCUAUGUUCCCCUGUUCUCAGGGUCAUUAGCAGUGGCCGAUGGGCAGUAGCUUUACCUUCAAACCAAGCAUGUGCUUCCUCCCAAGAACUGUCUCUUCUUUUGGCUGAACAAUUUGUCAUUGUACUAAUUCGGAAUCUGCUUCAAUCAUGCUGCUCAAUUUGCUACUGCUUACACUCAUGCAGGCUUGGUUUCCUGUUCGGAGCAAUGCCUGGUAAACCCCACAGCUUAAAUUUAAUGUCAUUUCCAAAGAACGUUGUUACCCUGUUCUUGUUUGCCUACUUGUGCGAUGUCUAGUUCUGGACAUGCAUGUAUUAGCUCCAGGGGCGAAAUUCUACUGUAAUCAGCCUCCUUGUCAAUGAAAAUCAGUUAUUGUGA